AUGACUCUGCUGACUAGGUUUCAUGCAGGUCCUCCGGCGUGCUGGCUCGUCCACCAGCACUUUGAACGUUUCCUCAUCGGCGCUGAUCCCCGAAACACAAAUUUAUUGUUUGAGCAAAUGUACAGAGGGUCCAUGUUCUACGGCCGAAAAGGUCUCCCUCUCGCUGUUAUUUCCGUCAUCGAUCUCGCCAUCUGGGAUUUGCUUGGAAAGGUGAGAAACGAGCCUGUAUACAGGCUCAUCGGUGGUGCUACCAAGGAGCGUCUGGACUUUUAUUGUACUGGUCCCGAACCGUCGGCAGCCAAGACGAUGGGCUUCUGGGGCGGCAAGGUCCCUCUUCCGUAUUGCCCAGAGGAUGGCCACGCUGGCCUGAAGAAGAACGUCGAAUUCCUUCGCAAGCACCGCGAAAGCGUUGGUCCCGAUUUCCCCAUCAUGGUUGACUGCUACAUGAGUCUCAACGUGCCUUACACCAUUGAAAUAGUAAAGGCCUGCGAGAACCUCAACAUCAACUGGUGGGAGGAGUGCCUGUCUCCUGAUGACACAGAUGGCUUUGAGCAGAUCAAGCGUGCACACCCAACCAUCAAAUUUACCACUGGCGAGCACGAGUACUCUCGAUAUGGAUUCCGCAAGCUCAUUGAGGGACGCAACCUGGACAUCAUCCAGCCUGAUGUCAUGUGGCUUGGUGGUCUCACGGAACUGCUCAAGGUGUCGGCCAUGGCCUCGGCAUACGACAUUCCUGUGGUUCCCCACGCAAGCGGCCCGUACAGCUAUCACUUUGUUAUCUCGCAACCCAACACACCCUUCCAGGAGUAUCUCGCCAACUCGCCCGACGGCAAGAGUGUGCUGCCUGUUUUUGGCGACCUCUUCCUCGACGAACCCAUUCCCACCAAGGGCUUCCUGACGACGGCUGACCUUGAUAAACCCGGCUUCGGUCUUACGCUCAACCCCGCGGUCAGGUCGAAGCUUAUUUCGGGCAAGGCUCUGCUGAGCGCCAGCCCUGAGAGGCCCCUCAAGUCGGUGGAGGAGACGGAGGCGAGCUAA